GCAAACAUACUGCUUAACUCCCUGUCAUUUCGCCUUGUCUCUCUCACAAGAUCAAACAUUUCAUUAAUUCAUUUCAAUUUUCCAUCUGCAUUGAUUCUCAGUUUUCUUCAUAAUUGUAAUAAUUUACAUCAAAUUUAAUCAAUGCUGACGGAUCAAUUUCUCUUUCAUGUUGUUUGAUUAACAUUUAUUUACUCUUACUCGAUGGGUGAGAUUUGAUUUGAUGAGAGGGAAAGAAAAAUAUAUGCAUCUAUGAAGACAGGGGCACGGAAGUCGCCGCUACACCACCACCUCAUGCGGUUGUUGCUGUCGGUUCAGCUUCUUCUUCGGUGGUUUCCUUGUAGCCUUUUCACAUGGAAUGGAAGAUCUUGUUAGUUAUGCAAAUUCUGAGCGUAACAUUGAGCAAGUUCUCAUUGCUUUGAAAAAAGGUACACAGUUAGUCAAGUACAGCAGGAAAGGGAAACCUAAAUUUCAUGCAUUCAGACUUUCUCCUGAUGAAACAACUCUUAUCUGGUUAUCACAUGGUCAAGAAAAGACUCUGAAGUUAUCAACAGUAUCAAGGAUAAUACCUGGACAGAGAACUGCUGUAUUCAAAAGAUAUUUGCGCCCUGAAAAAGAUUACUUGUCAUUUUCACUUUUGUAUAAUAACGGUGAAAGAUCUCUUGAUCUGAUCUGCAAGGACAAGGCUGAGACAGAGGUGUGGUUUGCAGGCCUUAAGGUAUUAAUUGGAAGAAAUUCUUGUAGGCGUACCAGGAGUGACCUUUCUGAAAUACCUAAUGGUGAUAUCAGUCAAAAUAGAUGGUCAUUUGCUCCUUUUUUAGAGUUAAGUAAUAGUAUUCGCAGUAGACCAUCUAUUGAUUCUCGUCAUUCUUUUUUGAGUUUAGCAAGCGCAGAUGCAGCUUCAGAACAUCCAAAUAUGCAAUUAAGAACAAGUGUUGGAGAUGGUUUUCGGAUUAGUGUUUCAAGCACACCUAGUUGUUCAAGUGGAGGAUCUGGUCCAGAUGACAUAGAAUCACUAGGGGAUGUGUAUGUAUGGGGUGAGGUUUGGUCUGAUGGGGCUCCUUCUGAUGGUUCUCUUAGCUUGAAGGCUACGAUGAUUGAUGUGUUGAUUCCUAAGCCAUUAGAAUCAAAUGUAGUUCUUGAUGUUCAGCAGAUUGCUUGUGGUGUACGACAUGUUGCUCUUGUAACAAGGCAAGGUGAGGUAUUCACCUGGGGAGAGGAAUCUGGCGGAAGACUUGGUCAUGGAAUUGAGAGGGAUUUUAGUCGUCCCCGACUUGUGGACUUCCUGGCAGUUAAUAAUGUGGAUUUUGUUGCAUGUGGUGAACAUCAUUCAUGUGCUGUAUCCAUGUCUGGUGAUUUAUUCACUUGGGGUGAUGGUACCAAUAAUGUUGGACUUCUUGGUCAUGGCUCUGAUGUUAGCCACUGGAUACCAAAAAGAGUUUGUGGACCUUUCGAAGGAGUACAAGUUAUAUCUAUUGCAUGUGGAGCAUGGCAUACAGCCUUAACCACUGCUAAUGGAAAAUUGUUUACAUUUGGUGAUGGAUCAUUUGGUGUUUUAGGACAUGGAAAUCGAGAAAGUGUCAUAUAUCCAAAAGAAGUUCAGUCAAUAAGUGGACUAAAAGCUAUUAAAGUUGCUUGUGGAGUAUGGCAUACUGCAGCUAUUGUAGAGAUUAUAGGCCACUCAGGUGCAAUUAUGUCAUCUAGAAAAUUGUUCACAUGGGGUGAUGGCGACAAAUACAGAUUGGGGCAUGGAAGCAAGGAUACUUAUCUGCUUCCCACCUGUGUUUCAUCUCUUAUUGACUACAACUUCCACCAGCUAGCAUGUGGACAUACUAUGACCAUUGCCCUCACUACAUCAGGUCAUGUGUUUAUCGUGGGUAGUACUGAAUAUGGUCAGCUAGGCAAUCCAAAUUCUGAUGGAAAACUACCUUGCCUGAUACAAGAUAAAUUGGUUGGUGAAUUUGUUGAAGAAAUCUCUUGUGGGACACAUCAUGUUGCUGUUCUGACAUCAAGAGGCGAAUUGUUGACUUGGGGAAGAGGUGCAAAUGGAAGAUUGGGACAUGGGGACACAGAUGAUCGAAAAACUCCAACAGUAGUCGAAGCACUGAAAGAUAGACAUGUGAAGAACAUAUCAUGUGGCUCAAAUUUUACUUCUUGUAUAUGCACACAUAAGUGGGUCUCAGGAGCUGACCAAUCGGUUUGCUAUGGUUGCCGGCAAGCAUUUGGUUUCACUAGAAAGAGGCACAACUGUUAUAAUUGUGGGCUGGUGCAUUGCCAUGCUUGUAGUUCCAAAAAAGCCUUGAGAGCAGCAUUAGCUCCAACUUCAGGAAAACCACAUCGUGUGUGUGAUGCUUGUUAUGUAAAACUUAAAGCUGGUGAGGCAGUUAAUACGUCUAAUAUUAGCAGGAAAAGUACAGUUUCACGACGUUCAAUAGAUGGCCGGGAGAGAACAGAGAGGAUAGAGGUAAUAGGGCCUUCAAGGAUGUUGUUUUCUCCUUCUACAGAAGCAGUCAAAUACCUUGAGAACAAGUCAGGAAAGCCUGGGGCCAGAACUGAUUCUUCAAUAGUUCGAGCCUCCCAAGUUCCAUCACUUACACAACUGAAGGAUGUCGCAUUUCCCAGUUCAUUGAGUGGAUUAAAUAAUGGUUGGUGGCCCAUGAUGAUACCACCGACCUCAGUAGCAUCACCACCACCACAACAGGCAACAGUGCAGCAGGCCGGUGGUAACUCAAGACCUACUUCACCAUACUCAAAAAGACCAAGUUCUCCUCGUGUCGGAUUUUCUUGGAGUGUUAUUGAAAGACUAAAGAAAUCAAACGAGGUCUUAACCCAAGAUGUAUCAAAACUGCAAAGCCAAAUUAAAAGUUUAAAGCAGAAGUGUGACACUCAAGACGCGGAGAUAAAGAAGCUGCGCAAAAAUGCUAAUGAUGCUGCUAUAUUUGCCGCAAGGGAAACUUCCAAGUUCAAAAAUGUCAAGGAAUUUGCCAGUUCCAUCUCAAUCCAGUUGAAAGAGAUGAUGGACAACUUGCCUCCUGAUGUUAAUGAAAAUGCAUCCUUCAAGGCGAUCUGUGCUCAAGCUAAUGCUUUCAUAGAAGCAAAUCCAGCAUCUGAAAUCUCUUCUCACCUGCCAACCGAUGCAGACUCUGACCACCAUAAUACAGCUGAUGGAAAGCCCUCAGUAAGUGUGCUUUCUAGCAUGCAAAGCCAUCACAGAGUAGACAGUGUAGAUAUAUCCCAUGAUGGUGGAAGAGUAGCUGUACAUCAUCAAUCCAGACCAUCCGAAAUACCUGGAGGAAGAGAAAGUAUAGAGCAAUUUGAACCUGGUGUUUAUAUAACUUUUGUUCAACGUCCAGAUGGUUCUACAGUCUUCAAACGAGUUAGAUUCAGUAAACGAAGAUUUGACUCCCAACAGGCAGAAGAGUGGUGGACUAAAAACAAAGACAGGGUACUUAAGAGGUACAAUCAGUCAAGCAGUAACGCAACUGCUUCAUCAGCAUCAUCCUCCAAUUCAACACCCUCCGGUGCAGCACCAUCUAAUCCAGCACCUACUCAAGAUACAGAAAAUUAAUCACCAUCUUCUUCUCAACCUUUGUUUGCAAUUUAGUUGAUCUCCUGCUCUAUCUAACGUUGAAAGUUGGUAAGUAGGAUCAACCAGUUGCUCUCCAACAAUGAACUACUUUCGAAUGCGUUUGUAUUAAUAUUGAGAAAAGAUGAUCUUAUCACAAAAUAAUUAAAAAUGGGAUAUAAGUAUUCAACACAGAUGAAAAAAUUGGUGAAAAACUUCACAUUCCAGGGGAGAGGCGCAGGCUAGGCUGUCUAUGAAUGUUAUUUACUUGUAGUAGCAGAAAUCUUUAUCAGUAAUUCUUUCAAUUUGUUUCAUUAAUUUUUUUAUUCGUUCUGUAAUAUGCUAUGCAAAUUUAGUAGGUGUACAUUAGAUAUACUUAUCAGGACAUAUCAUAUCUUUUCAUUCUUUUAAUAAAUAUAGUUUAUCUUCUUGAAA